UAGGGUUUUAGCGCCGGCAGAGAGAGAGAGAGAGAGAGAGAGAGAGAUGUUGUACAUCGUAGGCCUGGGACUGGGCGACGAGAAGGACAUCACCAUCAAAGGCCUGGAAGCAAUCAGGAGAUGCGGCAAGGUCUACAUGGAGGCCUACACUUCCCUCCUCUCCUUCGGCCUCUCCUCCCACGGCCUCUCCAGUCUGGAGGAGCUGUACGGGAAGCCGGUGACCGUUGCGGACAGGGAGACGGUGGAGGAGAAGGCCGACGGGAUAUUGGCGGAAGCUCGUUCCAGCGACGUGGCGUUUCUCGUCGUCGGCGAUCCUUUCGGAGCCACGACGCACACUGAUCUUGUUGUUCGUGCAAAGACAUUGGGGAUAGAUGUCAAGGUUGUUCACAAUGCUUCAGUGAUGAAUGCCGUGGGAGUAUGUGGUUUGCAACUUUAUCGCUAUGGGGAAACAAUUUCGAUACCAUUCUUUACUGAAACAUGGAAACCUGAUAGCUUUUACGAAAAGAUUCAAAAGAAUCGUACGCUUGGUUUGCAUACACUCUGCUUGUUAGACAUACGUGUGAAGGAGCCAUCUCUGGAAUCUUUGUGCAGAGGAAAAAAGGUGUACGAACCACCCAGAUAUAUGACGAUAAACACGGCUAUCGAACAACUCUUGGAGGUUGAAAGCCUGCAAGGGCAAGGUGUUUAUAAUGAGGAUACCCAUUGUGUGGGGCUCGCGCGGUUGGGAAGUGAGGAUCAGAUGAUAGUAGCAGGAUCCAUGAGACAAUUACAAACGGUUGAUUUCGGAGCACCUCUACAUUGCUUUGUCAUUGUUGGGGAUACACAUCCUUUGGAAGAAGAAAUGCUGGAGUUUUACAAACUCAAAGGGAAGACCUCAGAGGCCUAAUGAAAAUGGGACUGCACAUCAGCAUCUCUCGUGUCAGUGCGAUGCUGUUUGGAUGUGCAGGUCGUUAACUGCAGAUUAGCGAACUUGUUCUAGUGGAAACUGGUGCGGUUGUGCGCCCCAGGAAGCGAUUGAAGCAGUUGACAGUCGUAGCCUCUUGUAACUCCCCAAGGUCACCGAGGGACGAGCAAACCUAUUUGUAUCUUGCAAGAAUCCGCUCUGGGUAACAGAAUACCCCAGAAAACUCCUGCACGAGGAAUUUCUCUUGCCCGUUCCCAAGAAGUCUCUUUUUAUGUGUUAUAGAAUUGAAUCAUGGGAGACGAGUCUACUCCCUUUUUCUAUUUUCUUGUCCUUUAAGAA